AUGAGGGCGGAUCUCAGCACCAUCCAGCAGACGCUCACGCCGGAGGCGGCGGCGGCGCUGGCGCGGGCCAUCGACGAGGCUGCGCGGAGGAGGCAUGGCCAGACCACGCCUCUCCACGUCGCCGCCGCGCUGCUCGCCGCGCCGGCCGGGCUGCUGCGCCAGGCGUGCGCUCGCGCGGCCGCCGCCGGUGCCGGACCUGGCGCCGGCGGUGGCGCCGGCGGUGCGCACCCGCUGCAGUGCCGCGCCCUCGAGCUCUGCUUCUCCGUCGCCCUCGACAGGCUGCCGGCCGCGGCCUCAGCGGCGGCGGCGCAUGCGGCGGGGCCACCUGUGUCGAACGCGCUCGUCGCGGCGCUCAAGCGCGCGCAGGCGCAGCAGCGCCGGGGUUGCCCCGAGGCCGCGCAGCAGCCGCUGCUCGCCGUCAAGGUCGAGCUCGAGCAGCUCGUCCUCUCCAUCCUCGAUGACCCGUCCGUAAGCCGCGUCAUGCGCGAGGCCUCCUUCUCCUCCUCAGCCGUCAAGACCACCAUCGAGCAGUCGCUCGCGUCGCCCUCGCCGCCGCCCUCCGCUGCCGCCGUCUCUACCCCGACGGUCGCCGCGACUACACCCCUGGCCCCCUCCCCCUCUCCGCUCCCGCGUGUCGGCCCAGCCAACGCCUACAUCAACCCUCGCCUUGCGGCCGUUGCAGGCGGCGGCAGGGACAACGCCUACAUCAACCCUCGCCUUGCGGCCGUCGCAGGCGGCGGCGGGGACGACGCGCGCAAGGUGCUCGACGUCAUGCUCAAGCCGGCGCGCCGCAACCCGGUGCUCGUGGGCGACGCCGGGCCGGACGCGGUGCUGAAGGAGGCGGUACGCAGGAUCCCGACGGCUGGCUCCCCUGCUCUUGCCGGAGCGAAGGUCUUGCCGCUCGAGGCGGACCUCGCCAAGCUCGCCGGCGACAAGGCCGCCAUGGCGGCGAGGAUCGGGGGCCUGGGCGCGGUGGUCCAGAGGCUCCUUGCGGACCACGGCGCCGUGGUUCUUGAUCUUGGAGAUCUCAAGUGGCUGGUGGACGGGCCGGCGGCAGCAGCGUCAGAUGGGGGCAAGGCGGUGGUGUCGGAGAUGGCGCGGCUGCUGAGGCGGUUCGGAAGCGGUAAGGUCUGGGCCGUCGGUACAGCCGCCUGCGCCACCUACCUCCGAUGCAAGGUCUACCACCCAACCAUGGAGGCCGAGUGGGACCUCCAGGCCGUGCCUAUCGCCCGCAGCGCGCCGCUCGCCGGCGCAGCUCUCAGGCCUGGAGGCACUGGAAUUCUGGGCAACUCAGUGGGGAUGUUAUCGCCUACGCUCCGCCCUAUGCCGUUGACACCAACAGCACUCCGAUGGCCACCUGGGGCAGGGAGUGACCAUCCUCUGAUGGCUAAGCCAGCCAUGUGCCUGUUUUGCAAGGGUAGCUAUGAUCGUGAGCUUGCUAAGCUCGCAGCGGAGCAGAAGGAAAAGCCAGCGUCACGCCCUGAGGCUGUUAAGCCUGGUUUGCCACACUGGAUGCAGCCCAGCAGUGAUCAACCACAGACCAAGGAGCAAGAGUUGAAACAGAAGGAGGCUGCCGAAGAGCUUGAGAAGAAAUGGCGUGAGACUUGCGCCCAUACCCAUGGUAACCGUGCUGGGGCGCCGGCUCUCUCCUUGCCGUUGGCUGCCUUAGCCCCACGCCCGCCCGUUGAGCCCAAGCUACAACUUGCCAGGGGUGGUGUUCCCACCCUUAAGAUGAACACCAACUGGGAGAAGCCUGAGGGUACCCCUACGUCUGAGCUUCGUAGGAGUCCGCCAGGCAGCCCAGUGAAGACUGACCUUGUGCUUGGUCCCUUGGAUCCUGGUGCUACUGUGGAGAAAGACCAGAAGGAAAAUUACACAGAAGGGCUAACUGCUAUGCAAAAGGCUAAGAUAGCUGGAAUCUCUGAUAUCGAGUCUUUCAAAAGGCUCCUCAAGGUGCUCACAGAGAAGGUCAGCUGGCAAUCUGAUGCUGCCUCAGCAAUUGCUGCUGUUGUAAUACAAUGCAGAACUGGCAGUGGGAAGCGGCGAAACAUUGGGACAAGAGGCGACAUAUGGCUCCUGUUUGUUGGUCCUGACCAGGCAGGCAAGAGGAAGAUGGUGAAUGCAUUGUCUGAGCAGAUGGUAAAUGCUCAACCAGUGGUUAUAAACUUUGGUGGUGACCCUCGUUUUGGCAAGGAUGGUAAUGCAGGUUUCUGGGGGAAAACAUCACUUGACCGGGUCACUGAGGCAGUUCGGCAAAAUCCAUGUUCAGUUAUCGUUCUUGAGGGCAUUGAUCAAGUGGAUGCUGUUGUGCGGGGAAAGAUCAAGCGUGCAAUGGAGACCGGUCGCCUGCCAGACUCCCGGGGCCGUGAGGUCAGCCUUGGUAAUGUCAUCUUUGUUCUCACCACAGAUUGGUUACCUGAGGAACUGAGGAGACCAAAGUUUGAAACAUUGCUCCAAGAUGAAGGAAGGAUGUUUGAGGUAGCAAGCUCUAAUUGGCAGCUAGAGCUUUCUAUUGGGGACAAGCUGGUUAAGCACCGAGCGGAUUGGCUAUGUGAUGAUGCUCGUCCAGCAAAGGUAGCCAAAGAAUUGUCCGGUGGGCAUGGUCUAUCGCUUGACCUCAAUUUAGCAGUUGGGGCAUUGGAUGACACUGAGGGCUCACGGAAUUCCAGUGAUCUCUCUGUGGAACAAGAUCAGGAGAAAGGGCACCUUGCAGUCAAGUGUUCAACACCAGCCCCUGACUGUGAUCUGUUGAAUCUCGUUGACGAUGCCAUUGUGUUUCGGCCAGUUGACUUUGCACCAUUUAGGAAGACUGUCACAGAUUGCAUAUCGGCAAAAUUCGACUCAGUCAUCAGGAGCAGCAACUCAUUCAGAAUCGAUGAAGACGCUGUUGAUCGGAUGGCUGGCAGCAUCUGGCUCACUGACGAGAAGCUUGAAGACUGGGCCGAGAAAGUGCUUAUGCCCAGCAUCGAACGAUUGUGGCGCAACGUGAAGCAUUACAACGGCCGUGCUGUUGUCCGUCUUGCAGCAGUCACCGACAAGGCAUUGCCAAGGUGGGGAGGGGGCCGAGAAGGGCUACCAGCGACGGUACCGAUCACCAUUGAUGGCAUGUAG